AUGAAUCAAAACGAAGACGAUGAUGAUGGAAUUAUUGUCGAUUCUUCAACAAUAAAAACUGAUUCAGUUUCUUUAUCAGCUAAAAUUGUUUUUAUUAUUAUUUGUGCAUGUAAUAUGAUUCAAAAUGCAAUUGUUGGUGGUUCAAAUAAUGCUAUAAUGACAACACUUGAAUCAGGUUUUUAUAUGACAUCAACUGAAACAGGUUUAUUUCAAUCUGUUUAUGAGCUUGUUGCUAUUUUUACUUAUCCACUUAUUGGUUAUUUUGGUGAUCGUAGUGGUCGAAAAAUACGUUGGAUAUCUAUAUCAAUGGGUAUACUUGCUGGUGGUUUUCUUGUUAUGUCAUUUCCACAUUUACUUGAAUCAAAACGUGGUAAACCACCAUUAGAACCACAUAUUGCUGAUCAUUUAACAUUAUGUAAUCCAAAACGAAAAAUUAGUGUUUGUACUAUAUCAAAUAAUCUUAGAUUUUUAAGUCAUUUAAAAUAUGUUUUCUAUUUAUCAAAUAUAAUUAAUGCAUUUGGAUCAGCAGCUUUACCAACAUUAGCUGUGACAUUAAUUGAAGAUUUAUUUCCACAAGAAAAAGCACCUAUUGCUCAAGGUAUAUAUUAUGCUGUUGGAGGAAUAGGUAUUGGUCUUGGAUUUCUUGCAACAUCACAAUUUUUAAAAGUUUAUACCUAUAUUAAAAAACCACUUUGGUUAACACCAGUCUAUUCUGAAUGGGUUGGAGCUUGGUGGUUAGUUUAUGCAUUAGGUACUUGUAUAAGCCUUAUACUUUGUCUUUCACUUUGUAUAUUUGAUAUUGGUAAUCGUCAUCGUCAAUAUCAAAUAAGAAAAAAAGAAAUUCAAUCAACAUUAAAUCAAACAUAUCAAUUAUUAACAACAUCAACAAUAAAACAAAAUAAUUUAAUAGAAAAUAAUCAUUAUUUAUCAUCACGUACAAGUUCAUCAACAACAAAUUUAAGUUCAACUGUUAAUAUUAUAUUAAAUGAUAAAGAACAAAUACCAUCUAUUGAUAUAAUUGAAGAUAAAUGUUUAAUAACAACAACAACAACAUUAAAUAAAUUUAAAGAUUUUUUUUAUGAUAUUUUUUCAUUAAUUAAACAUUUACUUCUUAAUUUACGUUAUAUGGGUAUAACUUGUUGUGCUAUUGUUGAAGCAUUAUUAAUUAAAGGAUAUUUGGCUUUUUUAAGUAAACAUAUUGAAUAUCAAUUUCGAACAACAUCAUCACAUUCAAGUGUUUUUAUUGGAAUUAUUUCAUUAUUUUCUGUUAUUUUUGGUACACCAGUAGGCGCUUAUUGUGUUAAACGAUAUAAUAUGAAUGGUCGUCAAUGUGCAAAAUUUUGUUGUAUAAUUCUCGCUAUUUCAUCUGUGAUUUUUCUUGGAUUAUUACUACAUUGUCGUGAACCGACAAUUGGUACAACACAUUCCAUGCCUGUUAUAUCAACAGCAUUUGAUGAUGAUUCAUUUGAUGAAUUUGCAUUAGAAUCAGAUCGUGUUGAAAGUCCAUGUAAACGAGAAUGCAAAUGCGAUAUGAAUAUAUAUCAACCAGUAUGUGAUGUAGCAAAUCGAGAAACUUAUCAAAAUCCAUGUUUAUUAGGUUGUAAAAGAAUUCUUAAAGGAAAAUAUGCUGAUUGUUUAUGUUUACCUAAUAAUAGUACAGUUAAUGUUGGUCGAUGUAAAGAACGUAAAUGUACAAUGAAUUUUCGAAUUACAUUAUGUGGUGCAUUUAUUGUUGUAUUUAUGUCAUGUUGUGUUAUUGUACCAGCAUUAAAAUGUGUAUUACAUAGUGUUGAAUUAACACAUCGAGCAUUUUCACUUGGUUUUAAAUCUACAAUGACAAAAACAUUUGGUUAUUUACCAGGAACAAUAUUAUUUGGUGCAAUUAUUGAUCGAACAUGUAAAACAUGGAUACGUGAAACAUGUGGACUUAAAUAUCAAUGUAAACAUUAUAAUAAUAAACGUAUGGCAAUAUCAUUAGCAUUACUUGGUUGUGGUUUUCGAAGUUUAUCAGCAUUAUUUUGUGCUAUAUCAUGGUAUGCAUAUAUUAAAAAACCUGAUAUAGAAGAAAGAAAAAAAUCUAAUGAACAAAAUUCAGAAAUUCUAACAGUUAAUAUAGUUAAUCGUGUUGAUAUUUAA